AUGGGACAGGACGAGAUGUCCAUCAACCGCGAGGGCGACGACAGCGGCGCCGCGUCGCCCGAGAUCCCGCUGACGCUGAGCGCCUCGGUGAUGCUGGCGGACCUGCCGCGCGACGCGACGGCGGCGCUGGCCAGCGCGGGCGAGCUGUUCCCGGCGCACAGCAAGGUCGUGGUCAAGUUCAAGGCGGUGGGGUCGGCGCCGGCGCUGCAGCAGGACGUGUGCAAGAUCUCGGCGGGGCGCAAGUUUGAGGAGGUGGUGCGGUACCUGCGGAGGAAGCUGAGGUGCAAGGAGACGGACAGCGUCUUCUUGUAUGUGAACAGUGCGUUUGCGCCGUCGCUGGAUGAGGUUGUUGGGAAUUUACACCAGUGCUUCAAGAAUGCUCAUGAUCAGCUGGUUGUGGCCUAUUCCAUUACUCCGGCGUUUGGAUGAA